CGUCCUUACCAAUAUUUAAUACUUUAUAUUGUCCUUGUAAUUCAUCUAGAUAAAAAACAUUAAAAAACAAAACAAAACAAAAAUCGCGACCACGGUGGAGAAGAAAACCACAUAUUGCACACACUAUUCAUUUUGCAUCAUUUUAUCCACACCACACCACUCUAAAAACUCUAGACGAGAGAGAGAGAAAAACAAUUUUCAAUAAUCUACAUCACUUCACCACCCACCCCACCCUUUCCUAAUUCCAAAACUAUCAAUAAUCUAACCCUAACCCAAAUAUCUAUCAACUUUAAGUAUAUCACUAGUAUUCUACUGAUAGUCUAAUACCAAUACUAAUACAUUUUUUCUCUCUCUUCCUUUCUCCUUCCUCAAAGUAGUUGAUUGAUUGAUUGUUCGUUCUUUACAUACAUUCUACUACUAUGUUCAUAUUCUUUUCUCUCUUCAAUCUUACGGUUUUUCAUCUCCUCAAUUUCUAUUCCCAAUUUCGUUGAUUUUGUUCCUCUUUAUCUUCCUUUUCUUAUUCUUCAUUUUCCCCCAAUUUUCCCCUAUUUUUUUUGGUUGGUUUUGAGUUCAAUUAGGGUUUGUUGGUUGCUUUUCUGUUGAUUUUAAUGGAGCCUCGUGUUGGGAAUAAGUUUCGUCUUGGUCGUAAGAUCGGAAGUGGUUCUUUUGGAGAGAUCUAUCUCGGGACUAAUAUUCAAACUAAUGAAGAAGUGGCAAUUAAGCUUGAAAAUGUUAAGACAAAACAUCCGCAAUUGCUCUAUGAGUCAAAGCUAUACAGGAUUCUGCAGGGAGGAACUGGGAUUAUGAAUGUGAGAUGGUCUGGUGUAGAGGGUGAUUACAAUGUUCUUGUUAUGGAUUUACUUGGGCCAAGCCUUGAGGAUCUAUUUAAUUUCUGCAGCAGGAAAUUUUCGUUGAAGACAGUUCUCAUGCUUGCAGAUCAAAUGAUUAACCGGAUCGAGUUUGUUCACUCAAAAUCCUUCUUGCAUCGUGAUAUUAAGCCUGACAACUUCCUCAUGGGCUUGGGUAGGCGAGCAAAUCAGGUUUACGUUAUUGACUUUGGCUUAGCAAAGAAGUACAGAGAUACAACAACUCAUCAGCAUAUCCCUUACAGAGACAAUAAGAACUUGACAGGAACUGCAAGGUAUGCAAGUAUGAACACACACCUCGGAAUAGAGCAAAGCAGAAGGGAUGAUUUAGAAUCUCUUGGAUAUGUGCUGAUGUACUUCCUAAGAGGCAGUCUUCCUUGGCAAGGACUAAAGGCUGGGACUAAGAAACAGAAGUACGAAAGAAUUAGUGAGAAAAAGGUCUCCACAUCUAUUGAGGCCCUUUGUCGUGGUUAUCCAACUGAAUUUGCAUCAUACUUCCAUUACUGUCGCUCAUUGCGAUUUGAUGAUAAACCAGACUAUGCAUACCUGAAAAGAAUCUUCCGAGACCUCUUCAUUCGUGAAGGAUUUCAAUUCGAUUACGUGUUUGACUGGACUAUUCUGAAAUAUCAGCAAUCACAAUUAGCCACUCCUCCUGCUCGCAUAGCGGGUGCUGGUGCUGGACCUAGUGCAGGUGUGCCUGUUCCUCCAAUAGCUAACGCCGAAAGAAAUUUAGGUGAAGAAGAAGGCCGAGCAGGUGGCCUAUCUACUGGAGAUAGUUCUCGACGAAGAAUAAUGUCUGGGGUACUUACGAAUUCUGGAAGUCUAUUGAAGCAGAAGAGUCCACUUGCAAAUGAUCCAGCUGUAAGCAAAGAUCCUAUGCUGUCAAGCUCAAACCCAACGGGGAGGUCUAGUGGUUUGUUAAAGCGAGCUGUUGUUCCCAGUAGUCGUGAAGCAAUUACAGGAGGGAAUGAGUCUGAUCCUUCCCGUUCUCGUACAGCAGAGGCAAGCCCAGGCCCAGUGCAGAGGUUUUCAAGUGGCCAAAGAAGUUCACCCGUUGGAUCCUCUGAUGCAAAGCAGCAAGCCUCUGGUAGGAUUACCAGCAUUAAAAACUAUGAGUCCACACUCAAAGGCAUUGAGAGUCUGCAUUUUGAUGACGAAAGGGUCCAUUAAAUACACUCUUGCUCACACCACAUUCAUGUAACAAUAAUAAUAAAAAUGAUAUAUUCGUGUGAUUACACUAGUGAUGGAUCCCUGUAGUUUUAAGUGACUGGGCAUCGCUGAAGGAAGACUUGGAGUUGGAACCAUUUACGUUCAGAAUGGAAACCAAGAGAACUCAUGCUGUGAAGGAAGGUAAUGCUUCUAUACAGGCUCUUCUCUAUUUGUGUGUACAUCUGUGUCUAUUUGCUGACAGAUUUACUCGUUGUACCCUUUAUGGGAUUUGCCAGUGGUACAUUGGGCAUGAUUGUAAAACUGCUACAUUGUAUUAUUGUUUCAUAUUGCAGGUUAUAUUGGUUUACAUCUAAUGAGCCUAGGCAUUUUUUCAUCUUUA